UUGGUCUUCGCGGCUUGAGGAACGCUGGACUGAUUUCUUUUUUAUUUUUUUUGUUUUGUUGACACGUUUCUACUUUAGUCUCUUUAGUUUUGUGUUCUUGUACCAAAAAAGAAGCUUAAAGUCGAUAAAGGUUUAAAAAAAAAAGGAACCAAAGAACCAGGAACUGUCAUUUUUGAUUCAUGGACUCAAGAAGGACUUUAGCGAAAACUGUCAAGAAACUAGCUUGACUUAAUUCAGUCAACAUUCAGAUUUAGGGAACCCGGUGUUGUGUUUGAAGACUAUGGGAAUUCUCAACAUUGUGCUGAUCAUCUUGAAAGCGGUGGUACUGAUCCAGUGUGCACGAGGACCUCCGCGGGUGUCUGAGAAAGUUGCCCACCGCCAAACGGCUCGCCUCGGCGGCGCCAUCAAACUGCCUUGCCCGGUGGAUGGGGACCCUCCGCCGCUCAUCAUGUGGACCAAAGACGGCCGCAACAUCCACAGUGGCUGGAUCCGUUUCCGCAUCUUGCGCAUGGGGCUCAAGAUCAAGGAGGUGGAGGCGGAUGACACGGGCACCUACAUCUGUAAAGCCACUAACGGAUUUGGUAGCGUCAACAUCAACUACACCCUCAUCGUUAUUGAUGACUCCGGUUCCGAUAGGACAAGACCUGCCAUGUCUGAUGGAAGACAGUCAGAGCAUGGUUCUGAUGGCUUGGUGGAGAAGCUCGUACGCCCACGCUUCACGCAGCCCGCCAAAAUGAGGAAGAGAGUGAUAGCCCGACCCGUGGGUAGCUCAGUACGGCUCAAAUGCACAGCCAGCGGGACCCCUCGGCCGGACAUCGUGUGGCUGAAGGACGACCAGCCGCUAACCGGGCAGGAGGUCGGUGAAGGCCGCCAGAACAAGUGGACCCUUACCUUGAAGAAUCUGAUGCCCGAGCACAGCGGCAGAUACACCUGCAGGGUGUCCAAUCAGGCUGGAGAGAUCAAUGCCACGUACAAAGUGGAGGUCAUACAGAGGACCAACUCCAAACCUGUCCUCACGGGCACCCACCCCCUCAACACGACGGUGGACUACGGCGGCACCACGUCCUUCCAGUGCAAAGUCAGGAGCGACGUCAAGCCGGUGAUCCAGUGGCUGAAACGCGUGGAGACUAAUGAGGAGAGCCGCUACAACUCCACCAUUGAAGUGGGAGACCACCGCUUUGUGGUGCUGCCCACAGGGGAGGUGUGGUCGCGACCUGACGGCUCCUACCUCAACAAGCUGCUCAUUACCCGCGCCAAGGAGGAGGAUGCCGGCAUGUACAUCUGCUUAGGUGCCAACACCAUGGGUUACAGCUUCCGCAGCGCCUUCCUCACUGUUCUGCCAGACACCAAGCCUCCCAUCACGCCCAUCUUCCCGGCCGCCUCCAGUUCCCUCCCCUGGCCAGUCAUCAUCGGCAUCCCAGCUGGAAUAGUCUUCAUCUUCGGCACGGUGCUGCUCUGGUUCUGCCAGAGUAGGAAGCAGUGUCCCCCUCCCGGCGCCCCCGCCCCGACUCUGCAGCAGGCGCUUCACGGCUCUCAGCGGCCCCCGUGUCGAGAGCGUGACCGAGGCUGCGUCCCCGCGUCGUCCGGCUCGUCCAGCCCGGAUAAAGACUGCAUGAGCUCCAUGAACUACGAGGAGUACCUGGCUCAGCAGCAGCAGCAGCAGCUCCUCCUCAACCAGGGAGGAACCACCAUCCCGGCUAAGAUCUAUCCCAAAAUCUACACUGACAUUCACACGCACACACACUCCCACGUGGACGGAAAAGUGCAUCAGCAUCAACACAUUCAUUUCCAGUGUUAGCGAACAAGACUACAAAAAAAAAGGAGGACAUCAGGAGGACAAAAAUGGCCAGUCAUGUGACACCACGAGCUACAGCGACAUCCAGGUGCUGUUUUUUUUUUUCUUUUUUUUUUUUUUUUAAUUUCUAUCCGAUUCUCACGCCACUUCAAAUCUAUCAGCUCUUCGUUGUGCACUUCAUUCAAAAGACGACAAGGAAUUCUGUUGCGUGCGAGUUUGACUGCAGCUGUUCAGGCCUAACGAGACGGUCUUCUUCUUCUGCAAAAAAAAAGCUGCAAGCGUGUGGAAGCGGCGGAAGGUCACGUUUCACCUUCUGUUUAAUCAGCUGUCGUUCACGCUCUCGUCCGCUCGUGACGCUAAAAAAAAAAAAAACGGUACUCACGGAAAAACACAAAAGGGCUUCUUCUUCUUCUUCUUCUUACGUCGUCGUCAUCGUCGUCCUACUCAGGUUGUCCUUACGUCAAAGAAAGCUGACCACUAUCUUUUCUAUCACGCUUCUUCAUCCCCCAGAGGCUGAACGGCCACAACAUUAGGUACACCUGCAGAAUAUAAUAAUAUUCAAAACAAGAGAUGCAAACAUAUGAUGUGUGUGUGUGUUAGGAUGGACAUUGUGAUGUCAUAGAAGACAUCUUAUAAGUUUGAUGCCAAAGAAUAGACGUCAUUUUUAGUUUAAUGUUUAGUGGAAAUCAUUCAUUCAUUCAUUUUAUAUCGCUUUUUCCUCACGAGGGUCGCGGAGCGUGCUGGAGUCUAUCCCAACUGUCUUGGGGCAAGAGGCGGCGUACACCCUGGACUGGUGGCCAGCCAAUCACAGGGCACAUAUAGACAAACCAUAAGCGAAUUUGCACAUUCAAUAUUAACACAAAGAUGUAUUUAUACAUCUUUUUCAACCAGACCCAUCACUCCCAAAGACUUAUCUAUACGUUUUUUUUUUGCGCGAGAGGCACAAAGAGGUGAUGAUGUAACUCCACAAUAGAAGAGAGCAUGUUUGAUGCCGUUUUAAGCCCCAAAAAAUGACUACAAGACGCAUUUUAUAAGAACUCGGCAUGUAUCUCUUCCAUUGAAAUACGCUGCACAGCAACCAGUUACGCAUUGAAUGGAAUCUCGCCGAGCUAAGUGGUUAGCAUCCAACUAUUCAUUCAUUUUCUGCCGCUUAUCCUCACGGGAGGGUGCUGGAGCCUAUCCUAGCUGUCUCGGGGCAAGAGGCGGGGUACACCCUGGACUGGUGGCCAGCCAAUCACAGGGCACAUAUAGACAAACAACCAUUCACACUCACAUUCAUACCUAUGGACAAUUUGGAGUCGCUAAUUAACCUAGCAUGUUUUUGGAAUGUGGGAGGAAACCGGAGUACCCGGAGAAAACCCACACAAAACUCCACACAGAGAUGGCUGAGGGUGGAAUUGAACCCUGGUCUCCUAGCUGUGAGGUCUGCACGCUAACCACUCGACCACCGUGGUGGAAAUCAUAUUUUUUCGAAAAAAAAAAGCAAAUUUUUUUUGGUUAGUCUUAUGGACUGUCAAUCCAAACUGAUCCUAAUCAUCAAAGUAAAGUAUCAAUUGAUUGGAUAUCCUUAUAUAUAAUGCAGGUAUACCUAAUGAAGUGACCUCGUCCAAGACUGCAAAGGAUGAAAGAAAACAGAUUGAAUGACAUAUUUUUCAUUUUCUUGCAAAAUUCCCCAUCCUAAUAAGUUCUCAACCGAUAUAUAUUCUUUAACCAGUUUGUGAUUUCUAAUCAAACGGUCACAAAUACGUAAUUUAUUGUUGUUGUUUUUUGUUUUUUUUUUCAAGAAAAUGUAACAAAAGUUUAUUUUUCUGAGUAAAGUGUUUUACAUAUCUAUGUAAUGUAAUGUAAUGUAAUGUAAAGUGUACAUGUGUUGUGUUUAGUGUAUCCACAUGUAGUUAUUGUAGUUAUUUGUGUAUACAAAUGCUUCUAUUUUUUUGACAAUCCCAAAUGUUGUGUUGAAGAAUCAUCCAGUUUGUUGGUGGUUUGAUUAAAAUGAAGGAAGGAUGUGAA